AUACCCCGGUUUGCAGAGCUGAGGGUCAUGGUGUGCGUUGACGAGGACGGUGCACGAGAUAUGAGUCAUGCAGUGCGAUACCUUUUGAUUUCUUCAACAUAAAUCCAAUAACUACCCUUUCCUUCUUGCCUCGCAUGCUCCCGUGCACAUGCACACUGCUCCCCUCGUGCCUCUCACAAAUGCCGCCUGUUCCGCCCCACGUCCUGGGUCAGAGUAAGCGCAACAUCAAUCCUACAAACGACCGUGACCACAGCGCUCUACACUCGACGCCCUCGAUCCCCAGUCCGCACCCUCCGGAACCCCCGGGACUCGCGGAACUUCGGAACGCUGAGAUCGCUGCGAUACCGAGGGCCGCUAUCAGAUCGGGAGUCGCUGCACCGGGUGCGGGCGAAUACGGCCUAGCACGAGGCGCGUUCGCUUGUUAUGAUGGUAGCAAUGACGGGUGCGGAAAUGUUUGGAACGAGUGGACGGUUUUGUUUGUUUUCGACAUUUUGAUGAACAAAGUGUUUGACGUGUGAGCAAGAUUGGCGUUUGCGAGAUGCGCAAAUGUGACGUCUAGGGCAAAAGGCUUGCAGCCAAGCAUUGAACAUGUAACGCGGGUGUUGAAACGAACAGUCAUGUAGGCGAGGUUGAGCCGCAUGUAGCUCGCAGCGAACUCCUAGCUUAGAUGAAGAUUGUGGGGAAGGAUGCCGUUGAUGGGCUGCAUGUA